AUGUCAGCCGAUGGCUCGGAAACCUCGUCGGUCGUAAUUUUGUUCAGUAAACCUGACAAGGUUUUAAAUGAUUUCAGCCGACUUUCAGAUAUUGUGGCAUGGACCCACUACAUUGGCGGACCUGGUCGACAAGGUCGAUCAAUGUCGGCCUCGGGGUCUAAGCUGCUGGAGCCACUGAACGAAGUCCUGGAUCGAUGCAACAUUCAACAGGUUUUGGGGGCCAUCAGGGCCAUCGACAUGGGACCCGAGGCAAGCCAUCACCUGAUUCAUAUUGUGGCUGGCGAGAAGUUUGACAAGACGGACCUAACAUUUGCUUCAAAGCGGGGUGGCAAGUUCGAUGUGGUACCGUUGUACCCGGAGACUUUGCAGCGGGGUGAGGAGGAGAAGCUGGUCAUCCAGGCCUGCACGGAGUUUAAGAGCUUCACAGACGAUGUGGCCCAUUAUAUGACCAACACUAUCAAGAACACGUACUUGAAGCCCAAGUCUGCCAGUUUCCCCCUUAUUGAUGCCCUUAAGGCGGGCAAGGACAUGAAGCCCAGCCUCUACUUUGUGGUGGAUCCUGAUGUGUAUGGCAGCCCAUUAGCCCUCGGCUCGUACUAG